UUCUUGUUUCUUCCAGUAAAAGUUAUUACAUAUCCGCUGAGCUUAAGAAAUUGGUGAUCAAACCCUUUUAAAUGGGCGCUAACCUUGAAAACUAUGGGCCGUCUGGAUGGGAAAGUGAUUGUAUUGUCUGCUGCCGCACAGGGGAUUGGACGCGCUGCAGCAAUAGCAUUUGCAAAGGAGGGAGCUCGUGUCACAGCCACGGACAUAAAUGGAGAGAAGCUGAAGGAGCUGGACGCCUUUGAAGGAAUCAGGACUAAAGUGGUGGAUGUGACUAAGAAGGACCAAGUGGAAGCUCUGGCAAAGGAACAUGAUCACGUUGAUGUGCUGUUCAACGUUGCAGGGUUUGUGCACCACGGCACCGUCCUGGACUGUGAAGAAGCAGACUGGGACUUCACCAUGAAUGUGAACGUGCGAAGCAUGUAUCUCAUGUGCAAGGCUUUCCUGCCUAAGAUGUUGGAAAAAAAGUCUGGAAACAUUAUUAACAUGGCUUCUGUUGCUUCAAGCAUAAAAGGUGUUGUGAACCGCUGCGUCUACAGUACCUCCAAAGCUGCCGUCAUUGGCCUCACCAAAUCCAUAGCUGCUGAUUUUAUUGAGCAAGGCAUUCGCUGCAAUUGUGUCUGUCCUGGAACUGUUGAUACACCGUCCUUGAGGGAUAGGAUCCAGGCCCAGCCUGACCCAGAACAAGCUUACAAGAACUUUAUGGCUCGACAGAAGACUGGAAGAAUGUGCACAGCUGAAGAGGUGGCGCACCUCUGUGUAUACCUGGCAUCAGAUGAGUCAGCCUAUGUCACUGGAACAGAACACAUCAUUGAUGGAGGAUGGAGACUCUGAAGAACCUGUGACAUUCUCAGUAUCAGGAAACUGAGAAAAGUUUUAGAUCAAAAUAAAGCUUAGAUAAUUGUC